CGGCGGCGGCCUGGGAGGCGGAGGCUCCUUCAUUCGGGCCCCUUCAGCCGCCGCGCCGAGGAAGGGCCGGCCAGCGCCGCCUGAGGGACGCAGUCAGGAGUGUUGUGCUGAUGGGGGAGGGAUGAUGGAGAACCUCUCCACUUCAAUACAUGGCAGUAUAGGGAGUGACUCCCCUCCCAGUAUACGGGACACAUAUUUCCCUGGAGAGCCGUUGGAAUAAUUACUGCAGAUAGCACUUUGCCAUUGAGUUGCUAAAAUCCUGCAGCAGUUAAGGAUUGUGUUGAGUGAGCACAUCUUUUUGGGAGAGCGCUUAAUGAAAGAAGAGAGCCUGUCAACAUGGGGUCUGUUUGGGAGUGCGGUUAGACAGCCAACUUUGAUGACCUAAUGCAACUUGCAUGGCAAUAUGAAACAAAAGGCCAAGAUGAAGUACCUUAUUAGUGCUUUGCGAAUGAAAGCCUUCUGUGGGACUCAGCUAAGUUGCAUCAAUGCAAACAAACAGCCUUUCUCUGAAGAAUCUUAAAAUGAAGACCUGAAAUGCGGAUGAAUCAAAGAGUCUUUCAGUCUCCGAAGAACCUGACGGUGGUGCACAGAUACCCAGCAAAGUCUACUAAAUAAUCUGGAGAAUCUCAUGAUUGCUGCAGAAAGAUGGCUGCAAGCUGGGUCUUCCAUUGUCUGUGGCUUUUGGCUGUUCUGAUAGGAUGCACAGGUGGCCACAGCCAGUUCUCAUGUGAGCCCAUCAUCUUGAGGAUGUGCCAGGAUCUUCCUUACAACACCACUUUUAUGCCUAACCUUUUGAACCAUUAUGAUCAGCAAACAGCAGCUCUAGCAAUGGAGCCAUUCCACCCAAUGGUGAACCUUGAAUGUUCCCGGGACUUUCGGCCAUUCCUGUGUGCUCUCUACGCUCCUGUUUGCAUGGAGUAUGGCAGAGUCUCCCUCCCGUGUCGCAGAAUUUGCCAACGAGCCUACAGUGAGUGUUCAAAACUCAUGGAGAUGUUUGGUGUGUCCUGGUCAGAGGAUAUGGAGUGCAGCAGGUUCCCGGAUUGUGACGAGCCUUACCCUCGCCUUGUCGAUCUCAAUGUCGUUGGGGAAGCGACGGAAGAAGCGCCAGUGGCAGUGCAAAGAGAUUACGGCUUCUGGUGCCCCCGAGAGUUGAAAAUCGACCCGGAUCUGGGCUACACAUUCCUGCGGGUACGGGACUGUUCCCCUCCUUGCCCGAAUAUGUAUUUCAGGCGUGAAGAGCUCUCUUUCGCACGAUACUUCAUUGGUGUGAUCUCCAUUGUCUGCCUUUCGGCCACCUUGUUUACUUUCUUGACUUUCUUGAUUGACGUCACGAGGUUUCGCUACCCAGAAAGGCCCAUCAUCUUUUAUGCCGUCUGUUACAUGAUGGUUUCGCUCAUUUUCUUCAUUGGCUUUCUGCUAGAGGACCGGGUGGCCUGCAAUGCCUCCAGCCCCACCACGUACAAGGCUUCCACGGUGACUCAGGGCUCCCACAACAAAGCGUGCACGAUGCUUUUCAUGGUGCUCUAUUUCUUUACCAUGGCUGGCAGUGUCUGGUGGGUGAUCCUUACCAUUACUUGGUUCCUGGCAGCUGUGCCAAAGUGGGGCAGCGAAGCCAUUGAGAAGAAAGCCCUCCUCUUCCACGCCAGUGCGUGGGGCAUCCCAGGGACCCUCACCAUCAUCCUCCUAGCGAUGAACAAAAUCGAAGGCGACAACAUCAGCGGCGUGUGCUUUGUUGGCCUCUAUGACGUGGAUGCCUUGAGGUACUUUGUCCUUGCUCCCCUCUGCCUGUAUGUGGUGGUUGGGGUCUCUCUGCUACUCGCCGGCAUCAUCUCUUUAAAUCGGGUUCGUAUUGAAAUUCCUCUAGAGAAGGAGAACCAGGACAAGCUGGUGAAAUUCAUGAUCCGGAUCGGUGUCUUCAGCGUCCUCUACCUCGUGCCACUCCUGGUUGUGAUUGGCUGCUAUUUUUAUGAGCAAGCUUACCGAGGUGUGUGGGAGACGACGUGGAUACAGGAACGGUGCAAAGAGUACCACAUACCCUGCCCUUAUCAGGUCACGCAGAUGAGUCGUCCAGACUUGAUCCUCUUUCUGAUGAAGUAUCUGAUGGCUCUGGUGGUUGGGAUUCCAUCUGUCUUCUGGGUUGGAAGUAAAAAGACCUGCUUUGAAUGGGCCAGCUUCUUCCAUGGGCGCAAGAAAAAAGAGGUUGUGAACGAGAGCCGGCAAGUGCUUCAGGAGCCUGAUUUUGCUCAGUCGCUCUUGAGAGACCCCAACACACCCAUAAUCCGCAAGUCCAGAGGCACCUCCACCCAAGGGACGUCUACCCAUGCUUCCUCUACCCAGCUGGCUAUGAUGGAUGACCAGCGAAGCAAAGCAGGCAGCGUCCAUAGCAAAGUCAGUAGCUACCACGGCAGCUUGCAUAGGUCACGGGAUGGCAGGUAUACCCCCUGCAGUUACCGCGGGAUUGAAGAUCGACUACCUCACGGCAGCAUGUCCCGACUGACCGACCACUCCAGGCACAGCAGCUCCCACCGGCUCAACGACCAGUCGCGUCACAGCAGCACCAGGGACCUCAGUGGCAAUCCGGUGACCCACAUCACGCACGGCACCAGCAUGAACCGGGUGAUCGAAGAGGACGGUACUAGCGCUUGAGCCGCGCUUCUCUUUGUCCCAUGAGCAGUGCUCGUUCCAUUUCAGUUCAACAGAACUCAGUAUUAGCCCUUUCUCUUAGGUGCUAAGCUUGCCCUGGUGGAACCUAACCAGCUGCUGCCUUUUCCCCCUAGCCAGCAAUUUCUCAGAAACAUUUUCUCCCAGCAAAGGUAUGCUGCUCGAUCAAGUCUACAAGCUAAAGGGUUUCUGGUACUUGACUCCUCGAUACAAACUUUAUUUAUUAUGCUUGACAACUGGAUUUUCUUAGCGCUGUUUUUUAAUUGUCCGUAUGCUUCUCUAAGAGAUGUCUACUAUGAAGAUCCUGUGGACAAAAAAAAACCCAAGCAGAAGACUGGCUUUUUGUUUGAAAAAAAAUUCCACCCCUGCAAUCUUUUUGUUGCUGUCUCUGAUUAGAUAAUAAACUGGUUAGCUGUUUUCAUGCAGCGCAGAGGGUGGGCUGCAUGUUUUUUAAAAACUGCACAAAGGACAUCUGUAGGGGAUCAGCAGGAGAUUUUAAGCGGUUACACUGGAAAUGCAGCAGAAGGAUAAUGAGCAGAGAAGGCUCUGCAUAAGAGUGUCUGCUCUUAACUGAAAUUGCUAGUCUCUGGGAGGGAGGGAGGGGUGGGUGGGUAUGAACAAUUGGUACUUAGCUUCUUGUAUCGUCUGUGCUUUUGUAGAAAAUGUUCCAAUUUCCUACUUGUUUACAGUUUUUACGCAGGGAAGAAGGGAAGUGGGCGUUAGUUCCCAAACUGUAUCCGUCGCCUCCCAAGCCCAACAUGGAUGCGAGAGGGAAAUGGAUUUUGACAAUUUAGCUACCUUUUGUUCUCCUGACGAAUAUUGUGUAAAUACCCCCAUCCCUGACCCCUUUCAGCCUCAGUGCCUUGAACAGCUCCUGCUGUAUCUAGGGCAUUCUAUGGGGGGGGUUAAUGACCUCUAUUAAGACAUAAUGGGAACUGGGGUGCUGUUUGAGAGGGGAAGGGCAAGUGGACCCAUUCAUACACUUGCUAAACUGUUGGCUUGUUUAAUGAAGUGUGUUUUGGCCGAGGCCUGAGAACAGUCAUUAAGGAGAGAAAAGUUUGAAUUUGCUCAUCGCUUCGCAUGCCAGGCUCAAGAAAGGGAAGUGAAAGACAUGCAGAGCAAAUGAUGCUUUUUCCACCCGGUUCCUUAAAUCAGGUUCAGAAUAGGGCUGAGGGAAUUCUUUGUGGAGUGCGCUUAGCUUCCUUUUUCAAAUGUUGUUGCUAGGAUAACUUCAACAGUGCAGGUGCUGAAGGCAGGCACAUUUGAACCACGCAUUUAGUUCAGGGGUAGCUGACGACAGCCUAAGCACUUCUGAGUCGGGACUCCCAUGUGGGUUAUUUGAGGGAGCGGGAGGGUUCUUAGGUCGGACCUUAGUCCAUACAGCUGUGGCCAUGGUGACCUUCCUGGAUUCAAGACGCCACCAGUGCACUGAAUACUCUGGCGUGAGAAACAGAUCGCAGGGGCUGAGAUCCCAAAACCUGCACUUCCCUGCAGCCAAGGGGGCCUGCGGCUUGUGCUUCCUGCUAGAAGCAGCCCUCCCGCAGGGCAUGCCAAACAGCUCUGGAAAAUAAGGGAACUUUCUCACAGCAAUUUGGGAUACAGCAAGGGGGGCUGCUGUUAAGGGGCAAAGGUCCUCAGUUCUGUGGGUGAACCUAAAGUGGCGUUUUGAAUGUGAAGCCCAAAUGUGAAGCUGGCCUCAACUCCCCCCCCCCCUUAUUUGAAAAAUUCAGGAUUCAAGGAGCAGCUUAAGGUUCCCAACCUCGGGGUUUGCGCUUUCAAAACAGGGAUAUCCGAUUAAGAUUGCCAUCUUAAACAUACAAGCUAGUAAAUCUCAUUGGACAGAGUGGGCCUUGCUUCUGAGUAAAUGUACAUGGGGUCUGGUUUUAAGUAGGACUUGUCCACCAGCUUUGGCCAUGUACUUGUGCACUCCUGUGAAUGAUAUGCAAAUGAGUAAUUCAUAUAUGCAAAUUAACAGUCCUUGCUGAAAACGUUGCCCACACUGCUUUUGGGAAGUAGACUUGAUUUUUCUAAGGCAGCUAUUGGCAAGUGUUUGAAUUGUUGCCACAAGGAAGCACUGGCUUGUGUUCGAACCUACCUCACCUAUUGCUCUGUAACACUAUUGCUGGGAAAUGUACAGUUGCUUUCUCUUAAUAUGCUUCACCCAUCUGAUCUGUGUCUGCUAUAUGACGUGCAGGAAACAUGCCAAACACCUACACUUGGAUGCUAGUGCUUAAGGAUUGUGACAAAGCAUUGUUUCGUUUUUAUAGAAUUUGUGGUUCCUAACAUUUGAUAGUAUUGCAAGAAAGCGGGUGUUGGGUGGAAGGUGAGGGGACCUCACUCCCCGCAGCGACUCCACACGAGGGGGGGGGGAUUGGAGAACCUGGGAUUUAAAUGCUACUCCGUAAGAAACCACCCCACGGCUGCCUUUGGAAAAUCUGGAAUUGCUUGAGCUUCUCAUUUCCUCAAAUGAAAUGGGUAGCCCAACUAAGGCUGGGUGCUGGGCGACCUGGCAAACAGCAGCAGGUGCAAGUUUUAUCUGAUGCAAUGAGACUUCUUUGCUCCUCUCUUUCUCCUCCUCAAAUAACACAUAUACUUUCCAAAUCAAAUACUAAUUUUCUCAUCUUCUCUCCCCCCUCCCCGCCGUUUUUCUACUAAUAGUUUAACCUCUUUCAACAAAAUAAGUUGCUAAUCCAGUAUCUUUCAAAAAAGAAAAGCAUACUCUGGUGAGCAUGGAAGUAGAAGAUGUGAUGUUACAAGCCC